AUGCCUGCCUCAAAGAACGUCGUGUUCGACGUAGUCGGCACCCUCGUUUCCUACGAACACCUGUUUGAAGCUAUCGACCAGCGCCUCGGCGAACGCCUUCGCGCCAGAGGCAUCCAGCCCAAGCUCCUCGGAUGCUGCUGGCUCGAGGUGGCCGAGCGCGAGUACACCUACCUGUCCAUGUCCGGACGUUACGUCGUUUUCUUCAAGGUCUUCUCCGCACUGUUUUACCGAUGCCUGCACUACGCCGGCGUGGAAGACCCCCGCUCUUUCGCAAGCGAGGAGGACGUCGCUUACCUCAUUGACGAGUGGAAGAAGCUGAACCUGAGAGAGGGCGCUGCGGAGUGCGUGAAGAAGCUGCGUGACGCUGGUUUCACUGUUUGGUGCUUCACCGCGGGUGAUAUCGCCCGUGUUGGUGGAUACUUCUCCCGCGGAGGGGUCGACAUGCCUGUUGAGAACCUCCUGUCUUGCGAUACAUCGGGGCUGGCUAAGCCGACGCCAGAGGCUUAUGCACCUAUUUUGAAGAAGCUCUCUGCUGAGGGUACUCCUUGGUUUGCGGCUGCCCAUCUUUGGGAUGCUUCUACCGCAAAGACUGUCGGAUUUAACGCUGCCUACUGCGAGGCAUUAGAGGGAGAAGCUCUGCCUGAAAUCUUUGGACAAAUGGAUGUGGUCGCCAAAACACUUCCGGAAAUGGCCGAUAAGAUUAUUGCGACUUUUCAGUAG